GCAUGACACCGUGUUCCCGCACUUCGACGGCCACUUCUCGAUCGCGAAACCCUAAUUAUUCCAAAGUCGUUGCGUCGCAAUCGAUGGCGAGGACGAAGCAGACCGCUCGGAAGUCGACCGGGGGGAAAGCCCCGAGAAAGCAGCUGGCGACGAAAGCGGCGCGGAAGUCGGCGCCGGCAACGGGCGGGGUGAAGAAGCCGCACCGGUUCCGGCCGGGAACGGUGGCGCUGCGGGAGAUCCGCAAGUACCAGAAAAGCACGGAGCUGCUCAUCCGCAAGCUGCCGUUCCAGCGGCUGGUGCGGGAGAUUGCGCAGGACUUCAAGACGGAUCUCCGGUUCCAGAGCUCCGCCGUGGCGGCACUUCAGGAGGCGGCGGAGGCGUACCUGGUGGGGCUCUUCGAGGACACCAACCUCUGCGCCAUCCACGCCAAGCGGGUUACCAUAAUGCCCAAGGACAUCCAGUUGGCUCGUCGGAUCCGCGGGGAGAGGGCUUGAUGGCCGGCCGAGUUGGUAAAGAACAAUGGGAAUGUGUCUUUGGCAUGGGCGUUUUGUUAUGCAAGUACCAUAUAUAUAUAUAUAUAGCCUUGUAACUGUGGGGUGGUAUGGAUUUGGACUUUGCUUUACUAAACAACACGAUGGAAAUGUUUCGGCUUAUUGUUGCUGAUUUCCCUGCACAUUUUGAUAGGUUAGGGAUUUUGUUGAGAUCAGAUGGCACCAACACAUGUAAAAGAAGUCAAGCUCACUCUGUAUACAAUGUCACGGAAUAUCUAUUGCAUGUCCCUACAGGUAAUCAUGCAAUAGCAAAUCGCCA